UUCUGAUCAAUGUCUGUAUGGUGAGCCUUUGGGCAUCAGAACAAAAUGGAAGAAGAGUAUGUGAUGGAUGUGUUCCAAACAGCAAGCGAGACUUCUUCGUGAAAGUGGAUGUCCACUACAGAAACCAUACGUUCAAUACAAAUGAUCAAGCGCGCUGUGGUGGCACAAUCAUUUCAAGACACACUGUGAUCACGGCUGCCCAUUGUGUUGUUAUAAAAGACUCUACUGUUACGCGCAUUGAAAUAAAUUACAAAGAUUUCACGACGCGCAUAGAUUCUUCGUUGUUUUUCGACAAGAAGGCCGGACUUGCUAUCACAAAAUCAGGAACUGAAAAUGACUUCCAAAAACAUCUGAUAGUACAUCCCGGAUACAAUGAAAGACUUCAUUUCCUCUACGAUAUUGCGCUCAUCAACUUCCAGCCAGAGAAAUUUCAACAGGAGAGCGUACUGCCACUAUGUAAGGCAAAAGAUAUACACACCCAUAUGCGAAUUCUAGGCUUAUUUAAGAAAAUAAAGGGGCAACCACCAGCAGAUCUAAUCCAAAAAGGCAGAAAGUUCUUGGAAGGCAAAAAAACCAGCUUAGUUCAAGAAAAAGAAGUACACGAGUCCGUGGAUAAUGUGUCGUGCAACCCGAAACUAGGCCUCACUAAUUUUUACAAGCCUGCGCUUCACCUGUGUCUUCAUGGACCCAAUACACAUUACGGUGACUCAGGCGGCCCUGUCUUCUCAGCAGAGCCAUACCCUGGAAAGAAAGGAGAGUAUAAGUACAAACCAGUGUGCUUGUUUGGAGUGCUGAGUGGUGUUACUCUUCUCGGCAACGAGUUGGCUACUCGGGUCUCCGCUACCAGCGACUGGAUUGAAGAAAACAUGAAAACCAACUGAAACUAAGAUUUACUCCUUACAUUUAAACUAUUUUUGUUGCGAUCAAACUAUUACUCACCGAACGCCAGAGUGUCAUAAUGCGCUAAAAAACUACAAGUAACGGUUAUGAAAGCCCACCAAAAUUCUUGCUAAAUGCUCAUUCUCAAGGCCACGUAUCUCAGCACUCGA